AUGAAAUUCUGCCAGAUAGAUGCUCACGUCGGUAAUAUUUGGGAUGUUGCCACUGGUGAUAAGUUGUAUACCUUUGAAGCUCCAGUAGUGUGCGGAGACAUACAGGAAGGAAGAAUACUUGCAGUUUCAGCAAGUGAGGAUGGUAUUAAGGUACUGGAAAAUGCCGAAGGUGUUCAACCGCUACAUUCACUUGAGAAUCAUGGAGUUUUUGCCUUUGGGCUGUCUUCUUGA